GUUCAAAAAUGUGUUUUUGUCGACAUCACUCCGCUUCGAUUCAGGCUUAGCCUCAGCUUCGGCGAUGCUUAGUUUAGCCUCAGCUUUGCCUAGCGUCGCAGUGCCGGAUGAGGCGAGGCUACGCCUCGCCACGCCUGACCCUGAGUUGCUUCGGCUUGGCGAAGCUUCAGCCUUUGAAGCAGCAAGGGCGGAUACGGCGUGGUCAUGCUGGACGGCGGCUAUCCGUGCCCGGGCUGCCACGCCGACAAGUUCAGGGCUGCAGUCAAGAAGGCGGAGGCCAUGCACGGACUCGUGAGCGCACCAGGCGCCAUGUACGUCCGCUGGGUGAGCGAUGUCCCUGCUGUCGAGUUCGAGAUACUGCUGGGGGCGCUGACUUUUGUGCUCUUAAGUGCCUUCUUCGGAUUCGUCUCGUUCUUCAUCCUGGGCUCCAUGUUCUGGUACUUUGGCAUCGGCGCGCGGACCCGGGAGUCCGAGCCCCUCCUCCUGGAGGCCUCAGCGAGCCGGUCGAAGAUACCGACCGUCUGAGGCUCCGCACUGGAUUGUUGGUGCGGCCGUUCGUCUGCUCGUGCCAGGACGUGUCAUCUGUCAGGCAGGACGGGAGAGGGAACGAGAGAGAGAGAAGACGUUUCUCUCGCGGACGCGGUGCCCUGCGCGAGACGACCCGGGGCCAGACUUCGUGCAUGCGGG